GAAAGAGUAAGCAAAGUUAAAUCUAUUGCACUGCUGGGGUACACAAUUUGCACUGACACCGUUUGUCUGUCUGUGAGUCUGGCUGAGCUCUGGUCACGUCUAUUUAAAAAAUUGCCAAUAUUGAAGUGAUCAAAAGAGGCCAUCGGAAAGGUCCAUGCUUGUGGUUAAGUUCCUGGACAUUCUGUUAAGGUGUUAACUGCCACUGCCACUUCUACUGUUUUAUAGUUCAGCAUAGGCCAGCUGUCAAGCUAGCCAACUUCGUUGGCCAAAAUGGAGCGGUCUGCCAGUGUACCGUUCCAUUACGACAUGUACGGGAUGCCAUUUCACCCGGCACAUACCCUACAUGCUCCGAGGAUGACUCACAUUGCCGACAAGUCCAUUCACAACACACUCUCUUCGGCUGGGAAACACUUUCCUCACAGCAGUGACCAUGGCCUCGACACUCAGCGAAUGAUUCCUAUGCAAGAUAAAGGCAAUCACUGCAGUAUUUCCGGCAAACACCUCCACCAUCGACACUCUUCGUCGUCGUCGUCAUCACAUUCCCACAGUUCUCAGAGAAUGUCCCAUGCAACAGAAAAAUCUAUGCACCAUUCAAGCAGCUCAGGCAAGCAGUUCCCACAUGACCACACCCUUGAUUCACAAAGAAUGCUACAUGGUAUUGAAAAGUCCAGCCAAAAUAGCAGCAGCAGCUCUGGCAAGCAUUAUUCUCAUGAACAUAACAUGCAGUCAAGCCAAAGAAUCUCACACGAGAAAACAACCCAUUCUUCAUCAAUUUCUGGGAAGCAAUUCCUGCAAAGUAGCUGCCAAGAAGUUCCAAGGAUGUCACAUGUCCCAGAGAAAAAUAUUCACAACAGCAUCUCUAGUAAACAGAUCUCUUCCCACAGACAUAACUUGGAGAAGGAGAGAAUAGCAUCACCAGUUGACAAACCAGACAACAACAGCAACAGUGACCUGUCUGGGAGCCAGUUCUCCCAUGAGUCAACUAUAGAGAGCCAGAGACUGCCACUGCCCUAUAUUGGUCAGACAGUGUUUCCUGGUAACAAUAUGUACAGCAGCCAGUAUUCUCAGCCGUGUUACUUACCGACGACUGACAGAAUGCAGUCAAGCUUGGAGAGCGGACAAUCAUCUAAGGAGAGUUCUUCUCAAAAGAGCUCCACUGCUAGUAUUGAUAAAUCAUUCCAUGGUGAUGUGUCUCAAAAACAAUAUGGCCCGAACAAACUCUCGCAGAGCUCCGUAAAACAACAUCAACAUCAACCACAUCAACAGCAGCAACAGCAACCACAACAACAGCAACAACAACAACAGCAGCAACCACAACAGCAACAACAUCCUCAAUCCCUCAAACAGCUCUUCUGCGAUUACUGCGGCAAGAAGUUUGCUCAGGAAUAUUUGAUGCACAUGCACCGAAGGAAACAUACUGGAGAGAAACCGUUCCAGUGCGACAUCUGCAACAAACAGUUCUCUCGCAAAGAUGUAAUGCAGCGACACAAAAAGAAUCACACGGAUAAAAUUGAUCAACCAAUGAAAAGCAAUGAAAACCAUUAUCAGUCGAUGCCAGUCAACGUUCAAAGAAAUGAAAUUCAGAAUCAUGGAAAAUUCCAACAUCAGAAUAUUUCUCCAAGUUACCAAAGAGCACCAACUAAUACACAGAAAUAUCCAUCACAAUCUCAGCCCAUCUCACAACCUCAGUAUCAGAUGCAAAAAAACAUGGGGAGCAAUUAUCAAGGAAUGCCGCCAGAUAUUCCCAGGUUUGAAGAACUACAUAACGUCUCUAUGAAAAAAUCUUAUUACUGUGACAUAUGUCAGAAACAGUUUGCUCAGCGCUAUUAUUUGGCCAUUCAUAAACGGUCUCACACUGGCGAGAAACCAUUCCAGUGUGAUUUCUGCAUUCAGAAAUUUGCCCGCAAAGAUACCUUGAAGAUCCACCGUAGAACACACACAGGCGAGACACCUUAUCAAUGCAAUGUUUGUCUUGAAAAAUUCUCUCAAAGAAUUAAGUUGCAAAUUCAUCAGAAACAGCACAUUAGUAAGAAACGGUACCAAUGUGAUAUUUGUCUGAGACAUUUCGCACAGCGUUACUACCUGCGAAUACAUCGCAGGACUCAUACAGGGGAACAGCCUAAUCAGUGUGAAGUCUGUCUAAAACAAUUUGUACAGAAAUACCACCUGGAGAUCCACAAGAGGAUUCAUACUGGGGAGAAACUGUUCCAAUGUGAUGUCUGUCUGAAACAGUUCACUCAAAAAUACUACCUGGCCAUUCAUAAGAGAACCCACACGGGAGAGAAACCAUUCCAGUGUGACUUCUGUAUCCAGAAAUUUGCUCGCAAAACAACCCUUCAAAUACACAGGAGAACCCAUACAGGAGAAAAGCCCUUUAAAUGUGAAGUUUGCCUCAAGCAAUUUUCCCAAAGUAGCAAACUAAGAGUUCAUCAAAGGACCCACGGACCGAAACGACGCUACCAAUGUGAUGUUUGUAUGAAACUGUUUGCACAGCGACAUUAUCUUCAGAUUCACCAGAGAUCUCACACCGGAGAGAAACCGUUCCAAUGUGAGAUUUGUUUCAAACAGUUUGCUCAGAGAAACACAUUACAGAUACACAAGAGAACACACACAGGAGAGAAACCAUUCCAGUGUGAAGUCUGCCUCAAGAACUUUGCCCACAAACACUACCUGCAAUUGCAUAAAAGAACCCACACUGGGGAGAAACCGUUUCAGUGUGACUUCUGCUUCAAGCAAUUUGCACAGAGGAAUUCUUUGCAGAUGCACCGCAGAACUCAUACAGGUGAGAAACCCUUUCAGUGUGAAGUGUGUUUGAAGGCAUUCGCUCAGAGACACUACCUACGACUGCACAAACGAACCCAUACAGGUGAGAAGGCCUUCCACUGUGACUUGUGCCCUAAACACUUUGCUAGGAGCGACACACUACAUCGCCACAAGAAGACCCACAACAAGACUGCCAGUAAACCUCCAAAGACUUCUUCGAAUUCCAUCAACAAAACGGUUGAAGAAUUUCCUCCUAUGAGUACUUAUUUGUGGCAACUACUAAGGGCAGAGUUCUCCUAUCUCUUCUUCAAGAUGUGUUCUAAUUCAGCUGUACAAUACCCUCCCAUUACAAACCAUGUGAACUACCACGCCUGCAGUUUAGCAUACUCUCAGGUCGGCAUCACUCCCUCCUACCUCAGUUAUAAGCAGAGGUAUAUCGAAAAGAAACCCUAUAAAUGCAAUAUCUGCCGUAAGCGGUUUGCAUUGAGAGCCUACCUGAAAAAGCAUGAAAUGGCUCCUGAGGCCGGCAAACAUUUCACAUGUAUGUUUUGCGGCAAAGCUUUCCCGGAGCGUGACAAACUGCGUAAUCAUGAACGUACUCACACCGGUGAGAGACCCUUCCCUUGUGAGCUUUGCGAUAUGGCUUUUGCUCAGAAAGACAAGUUGAAGAUCCAUCAACUGACUCACACCGGCAGUAAACCCUUUCAGUGUACCAUAUGCCACAAAGCCUUCUCUAGAAACGAUAAACUUAAAAUACACACCCGUUCUCACACAGGAGAGCGGCCUUUUGAAUGCUUAAUUUGUCGUCGCGCGUUCUCUCGCAACGACAAGUUAAAGCUGCAUCAGCGGUCGCACACGGGUGAAAAACCAUUUGAGUGCCCUGUUUGUCAACGGUGUUUUUCACGCAAUGACAAGCUGAAAAUCCAUGAGAGAUCACAUACAGGUGAGAAACCGUUUAGCUGUGGGAUUUGUCAGAAAGCUUUCUCUCGUAAGGACAAGAUGAAAAUUCAUGAAUUCACACACAGUGGGGAAAAGCCAUUUAGUUGUUCGCUUUGCUCAAAGUCCUUCUCUCGCAAGGACAAACUAAAAUUGCACGAGUUUACGCAUUCAGGACAGAAGCCUUACAGUUGCGAAAUAUGCCGCCGUGCAUUCUCUCGCAACGACAAGCUGAAGUUGCACCAGCGCACACACAUAGCCAGUGCCAUGGGUACAGAGGAGAACAAGAUGAACAAAUGCGACAAAGAUUGCACCAUGGCUGCUGCUACUGCACCACCGCCACCGCAACGAUGUAACACUGAUAAACACAGCCAGUGUCACGCAGGGAACCAUGCUGUCACCACACUGGUUGCAUCUGCACCAACUUCGGUGCAGUCUUCGUCUAUGAUACCAACACCAGCUGCAUGUUCACACCAAAGAAUGCCCUCUCACUUGCCACAUCUGCCACAGUUACCACCACUCACCCUCAAUUCUCCUCCCAUGGCUACGGCCUGCUCUCACCAGAUGUCGGCUUUGAACAACUUCAACUGGAAGAGGAAUGUUCCCCCCAUGACGUCUACAUGGACUACAAACUGGGGUAACACCCUCAGCGUGCCGUCCUACAGCAUCGGACAGAGGAAGUGUGAGAACCAAGAAGCAGUACACAGCAUUCAAACCUUAAUGCACUAACUGACAACCCAGCCUGCCCUCUGUGAGGCUUCUCAAAUCUGACAGUAAACUACUACAUCAUUGAAUGUUGGUAGCUAACCACCCCAGCCAGCCAGCUAUGCCCUGCCACUACCUGUGGCUCGGCUGUCCUAAUGUCUACAACAUGAACAACUCAACUCUGUAUAAAAACAAACCCACCCUUAAUCGACCCAUUGUAAUGAUUUCACCAUUGUAUAUGUCUCCAGUCAAUAAAGUCUGAUACCCAGUGGCUCCUCCCCCACUGGAUACAGCACCAUUU